AUGAGCCCACUAGGCCACGUGCAGCAAACCAAAUCAUCAUCAGCUACAACAGCAACUGCAGCAGCAGCACCAGCAGCAGCAGUACCAACAGCAGCAGCAGCAACAGCAGCAGCAAUAGCAACAGCAGCAGCAGCAGCAGCAGCAGCAGCAGCAGGAGACGGACGAAUCUGCGUUCAAACCUGCAGCAGCAGCACAACUUCCAACAAGCAGCAACUGCAACAGCAACAACAACAACAACAACAACACGAGCAGCAGCAGCAGCAGCAGCAGCAGCAGCAGCAGCAGCAGCAGCAACAAACCUUCAUGGGUUCUCCCUUAGUGCACCGACAGCAGCAGCAGCAGCAGCAACAGCAACAGCAGCAGCAGCAGCAACAGCAGCAGCAGCAGCAGCAGCAGCUUACAUGGAUUUAUCCUUAA